AUGGCCAAUGAUUAUGAAAGAACCGGAACGGUAAUAAAAAGAUUGAAGAGAAAAUUUCCGACAGAAGAUGAUGAUGAUAUUGACGAUACUCCUCUACCAACACUUAGCAGUUGGGUGAUGCAUGAAGAAGCAGGAACGGUCAUCAUGCCACCCAGAUUUCUUCGCGGUAGAGGCAAAGGACCCAUGUCAGGACAUGAUCACGAGGCCGGGCCGUCGCAUCGACGUACUCCUUCCAUCACCAUGAGCACCAGCCCGCAAGAGCCAUGGAGGCUCUAUGUCGAACCAGGAAGGCGAUCAGUAUCCCUUAGCUCCUCUCCUUCGUACCAACACUCAUUUGGGCCCCAUUCUAAAAACGAGCCCAACAACCAGCCGCCAGCUUUCAUACCUCUUCAGAGAUCCAAUUCUCACCAUUCUUUUGGCGACCCAACACCCGUUUUCCAAAGCCGAUUUAACCCGGCUAACCUUUUGCCAGAACCCGUGGGUUUUAACCCACUUGGGCCGGAAGACCACUUCUCCGGGGAUAACAAUAUGGACGAGGAUACUGACCCUAUGGAGCCUGCUACGGGGACGCCCAACCACCCGAUAGAGAUAUCUGACGGAUCGUCUUUCCACGGAUCGCCUUAUCGUGGUCCAGACAGCUACGAGGAGAGGUUCCGAAACAUUGACUGGUAUUUCACCCCGUCUGAACACUCGCAUCAUCAGCAGCAACAGGAUCCUUCGGUGGGUCAACAUACUCCCCAGCCAUCAAGUGGCAGCCAUUAUCCGCCACUUCAGGAGGAAGAGGACCCAUAUGAUGGUGGUCCGUCAAGCCCUAUACCAGAUGUUAACUCAGUACCUGUGGUACCACCUUUGGGUUUCGAUAACCCCAUUCCUGCGUAUGCUGGGUCAGCAGCAUACAACCCAUUCGAGCAUCCGGCGCACACCCACUACAACUACAACUAUGGUUAUGCGGAGGUAGAUCCGUAUCAAGUAGCUCGGGACUACAAUGCCCUUCAUCCUGAAGGACCAUAUGGAGGGCCAUGGACUACUGGUUACCCGACUUAUGGGUACCAGCAUCAGCCACCUCCUCCACCGGUGUAUCAGCCGCCACAGCCACAGAUUCAGCAGGAAGUCCUUGAGAGGCUAAACCAAGUUGAACAAGAAGUUCGUGAAGACCGCAGAGAGCGGCAAGGUUUCUUCAAAGGGCUAUCAGAUUUGCUUAAGGGGAAGUCGAAAAGGAGGGGUCAUUGA